GAAAUGUACGCAAAAAAUGAAAAAAAAAUAUUUGUGGCAACUCAUGCAUGUUGAAGCUGGCGGGUGACUGGCUCCGGGAGUCUACGUCACGGGCGACCACCAAAUCAUGACGUCACACGCCAUUUUCCGGACCCCAUUGCGGCCAAAACAAUCAGAAAAUUUACUCUCUCCAUUGAGCAGUGUGAGAAUUCCUGAUGUUAUAUCAGCAACCAGUGAUGCAAUGUAAACUUUCAAGUGAGAGACAGAGGGAAGAUUUAUUAUGGAAAAAUAUGUUGUAAGAAAACUGGACACAUCUGGAUUGUAUUUUGUAUCUGAGAAAACAUUUGCUCUUGGCCAAGAAAGCUUUUCAUCUGAGUCUCACUCUGAUUGUGAUUGUCAAACCUUGAUUAAACCUGAUCUAUACAUUACUACAAUAGAAGUGUAAGAAAAUAUCUUCCUCCAAGACCAUCAACAAAUGUAACACUAAGGAGAAGAUAAAACAAAGGUUGCUAGGCACAUUAGGACAAUGUAAUAAGGUGUUACUUGAAAAGCUCCUAGAGCCGAGAACCCCGGAAAAAUGACGUGCAAUUGAGAAAUGAAUCUGCAAUCAAUGUUUCGAGACUUUAAUCCAGGGAAGUUUAUCGUAUGGGUGUGCCUGGCAACAUUUACGGCACUACUGGCCCUGCGUCUGGACGAUGAAUUGGACUGGAGCUUUUGGGUGGUGUUUUCACCGAUAUGGGUGUGGAAAGCUUUGGUGGUGGUGGGCGCCCUCAUUGGCAACAUUGUAUGGUGGAAGAAUCCUCAUUACAGAUUAGAGGGUCAGUCGUACAUUCAGUAUCGAGCGCUUCUCAUCUCCCUCGGCCUCCACCUCUUCCUGCUGAUGUUUGAGGUGCUCGCAGCUGACAACUUGGAGAACCAUCGCCAUGCUUGGGUAUCUGUCUUCGCCCCGCUCAUACUCAUAUCCAUUGUGUCCAUCGCAGCUUGUAUUUGGGCUGUAAAACAUGACCGAUCUUUCGAGCUGGAGCUCUUCUGCUCGGUGAAUCUACUUCAGUUUAUCUUUAUUGCUCUGCGGCUCGACAAGUACAUCAGGUGGCCUUGGGAGAUUGUGUUUGUGCCAGCAUGGAUUCUGAUGUGUGUGUCUGUUGUGGCAGUACUGUACUCUAUUGUAUUCGCCGGCCUGCUUCUGCGGAUGCCCGAUGUAAACCCUGACCGCCGCCGCACCUCCAUGAACUCUGCAGUUGGCUACACCUGCCUUGUAGCUCCACUUCUCAUAUUCCUUAUCACCCUAGCCAGUAAGAUGAAUGGCAACACGUCGGCCACAUAUACAUCCGUGGUGUCACCCCUCUACAUCUCCUAUGUCACACUUGUUCUAAUGUCCUUCACCACAAAACGAGCCAACCAAUGGUGGUUUGGCCUGAGAAAGGAUCUGUGUCAAUUUCUUCUGGGAGUGUGUCCGCUCCUGCAGGAAUAUGCCAAUAUCUCAUACAGCAUCCCUCAUGUGGAGGAUGGACAGAUGGAUAAUCGCAGUCUACCAUCAGCUGAGGCUGGGAUUAUCACCACUGAGAAAAAGGAUGUUGUGUCGUCUUCUCGUAGGCUUGAGCAUCGUGUAGUAGUGCCUGCUGUCAGUCUUGAAGUGCCAGAUUAAACAGUGGAGCCUUGUAUUUAGUGAUACAAAAGUUUAUUUCAUUAUUGUCUUUUGGUUUUAAUGUUGGUAAGUUUCAUCAUGAUUUAUAAGAGAUAUAUAUCUAAAAAUAUCUUCAACUUGAGAUUUUUAUUGUACCAAACAAUUAUUAGUUGUGAAAAACAUAUUUUGUACUUCCCAAAUAUGUGGUCAUUUUCAUAACAGUAAGAAUGUAAUUAGUUAAUAAGCAUAAUGAUGAGGAUAUUCAAGCAAUAAUCUGUUUAUGUUCCUAUGCACCACAACAUUUGUGGUUAAACUUUGGAAAACAUUUUGCCUCAGGUGAUUAUAUCUGUCUCAAGCUACCUAUAAUAGCAAGUUAGCUGUUAUUUUUUUUUGUUUGCAAGCAUUUUGUCACAGCAUGCAAAAAUAAAAUAAAAUUUGCCAAAGAGUCUUUUAUACUAGCUUUUGUAAUGAGGUAAUCUGUACUCAAAUCAUGGGUAAGGUUGAAAGACUGAGCACUGUUCCUUCAAUCCAUUCUCUCCUUUGCAACCAGCAGUAAUUGGUGACCUGGAUGUAAAACUGUUAGACGAUGAUAUUCUGUGGAAAACAUGGUACUGAAUAACUUGACUCGUUACCUAAAUCUCAACAUAACAAAAAGUAAAGAGGUGUGAAAAUAUAUAGCAAGGGCAAACCACAUGCCAAGGGAGGUGCAGACAGAGCCCUUGCAGAGUGAACAAACAUCCCCAGCUCUGAAAUGCAUAGAGGUAAAAUUCCAGGGCUUACCUAUCUGUUAAAGAUUCUGGGAAUCAAUGUCCCCAUGGCUUGGUCUCUGACCAGGCCUCCUGGUUGCUGGUCUCAUCCACCAGACUGAUGCAGCUACUUGUGGCCUGAUGUGUGAGUCAUAGCCUGGUUAAUAAGGUAUCCUUUGAAGGUGCUUGUUGAGGUCUCUCUCUCUCUGAAUACUGCGAUUGGUCAGCCAGUUAUGCCCCCGUAUGUGUAUGGGAAGAUUAUUGAAAAGUCUCGGGCCUUUGGUGUUGAUUGAGUUCUCUCUCAGCAUGCCUACUUCACCUCUGCUCAUCAGUGGGGCUAUUUUGCACAUCUUGCCAUACCUUCUGGUCUCAUGUGGUCUUACUUCUGUGUGCAGAUUUGGAACCAGUCCUUCUAAUAUUUUCCAAGUGUAGAUUGCUAUGUAUCUGUCCUGCCUGUGCUCUUGGGAAUACAGAUUUAAAACUUUAAGGUGGUCCCAAGAAUUUAAAUGUUUUACCGAGUGGAUUCUAGUGGUAAAAGCAUUCAAACAACCACCAUGUUGCUAACUCGAAAAGAGAAAAAUAAAAGUGGCAGCUGCAUGGUAAGCCCCAAAAAGAGAGAGACUGAAAGAGAAUAAAGAAGAGAGAGUGCAAAGAGUACGAAUCUGAGCCAUAGAUGUCAUAGACCCAACAGGCAACUAGGCAGAAGCAGAGAAUGACUGCUGGCUAGUAGCAGAAUCGAUAAGCAUCCUACAAACUCACAUGUAAUGAGUGCAAACUCAAUGAGUUGAGAUCAAAACAAGCCCUGUGAUACCAGGGCCUGUAGGUAACUAGCCAUGCAAGACAUCAUGAACCAUGGACACUUGCCAGAAGAAGACAUGAAACACAUCCACAAUCUAUAGGGUUGUGCAGGGUGGCCACAUCAUGCUGUACAUACAAAUGUGUGAACUCCAGUGCACCCUAAUCCAACCAAAAUGAAUACCCAUAAUAUGGGCUUAAACAGCGGAGCCAAAUGCUCUUGAAAAAUCUGAGGUAAGACCUUUGCUCUGGUGGCCUGGCACACGAAAGGGCAAACACCUGAACACACCAGAGAAGUAACUGUCAGUGCAGGGGAAGCACUAGCAGGCAUCCAGGAAAGGAAACCCUGAGCACAUGCAGCCCGAAGCACCAAAUGAACCAAGUUAACACAACAUACCAGAUAGUAAAUACGCUCGUGAAACAAAUACUAAAAAUGUAAACAAUAGACAAGCAAAUGGCCACUGCAGGACAAAGUCCAAGGAUGACUGGCACUCAACAUAGAAACACGGGGGACCUGCUGUUACUAAUAGUGACCCCAUAUGCACUACAGUGGUGUGCAUAGCACCACAUCAGCGACAGAACUGUCUUUGGAGAGGUGAUGGGAAGCCGGGAUUCCGUGCCCUUCUAGUGACGGUUUGUUGAUACAGUACUAAGGGUUUGAGCUAGUUUUGAUUGAUUUGAUAAUUUUCCUUGAAUUGGUUUAAGAUUUGUUUGGCGGGUUUCAAGUCUUCAGUUUCUGUGAAGUUUCCAGUUACAGUAUCUGAAAUGCUUCUCUGACUUUCUGGACGCUUUCCCAGUGGGGUAUCACCUGCCCUCUGCACCUCUGUGACAGGGCCCAGGUUCUGGCUCUGGUCUACAGUAGGGGAAACAGAACUAAAAUGACUAAUGUGAUCUAAUAGAUAGGAGCAAACUCAGCAAGAUAGCUUUAGGUAGCCACCAAGAGGUAGCCAUCAGAAAUAUAUUUUUGCCAAGUGUUUUAUUCUUUUUCUUGACUUCUUACUGGUCAGUUCAUAUUAUAUUCCAUUUGUGUUAGUGUAUAUGCCAAUAUUUGUAAGAUACUUUGUGAUAGUUAUUGAGAAUAGUUCUGAUUUAAAUACUGUACAGUAUUUGCAAUUUACACAAUAUGUAAAUGUAUUCAUAGUUCAAAAUUAUGUAAAGCUGUAUCAUUGUAUAAUAUACUUUGCAAAUGAUGCAAUAGAAACAUUAUGUACAA